CUAAUAUCUCCCAGGAGAGUCGCAACUCCACAAUUUGCUGUCCAACCCGCGAACAUGCGACUCUCUGUGAAUUUCCUGGCCACCGUGAUCUUGUUUGCAAGCACUCAUAGCAUGAGUCAUGCUGCAUCGACGGCUGCGGCAGCAAACAUAAUCUCUCCCGGCUUCCGGGCACAUUCUCUAUGUGUUAGCUUCCGUGAUACUCCUCCUACGAGAAUGCUACGAACUGACAGAACGCAAGACGACGAACUGCGCGCAAUCAGCAUCAACGCUCCCACGCCUUCAAAGUUCGUUGAGUGGCUGUUUUCACCGAAAGUAGCAGCGGCGAAGAAGCUCAAUCUGGCCGAGAAAUUCAGGGUUCAAAAGUGGGUGUUCAAGCAGAAGAACUCGGAAUACGUAUUUAGUAAACUGGGGCUUAACAGCGGACUAGACGAGGUUCUCACCAAUCCGAAACUCCAUCUUUACGCUGCCUACAUCGACCGAUUCAAUAAACAAAACCCCACGAAGAAGGUAUCAAUGCUCGAUAUGUUCACAAAAACGUACGGGGAAGAAGCUGUGAUCAAGCUACUUGGAAUGGGAACAAAUGACGCAACUAUUAUGAAAUUUACGUCGAGACUUCGAAGAGAACUUGCGAGUAGUUGGGUCACUUCGAAGAAAACUGCAGACGAGAUAUUUUCGAAGCUAGAGCUGGACACGACGGCAUAUAAGAUUUUCACGACGCCGCCGGCGAACAAGGAAGUCACUAACUCAAAGAUUUAUCUUUUCGCAGUGUACCUGGAUGAACUCAACAAGCAUGACUCUGCUAAGAGAGUUUCCAUGUUUGAGAUGCUUAGUAAGACGUACGGUGAAGACGGCGUGGCUAACAUGGUUGAACUGGGGAUGAAAAUCCCAGCCAUGGAAAAAGUCUCGUCAGGACUGCGCAUGGAUCUUUUGAGCAAGUGGUAUAACAGCGAAGAGUCCGCAGAGGACGUUUUCAAGAUUUUAAAGCUUGACGAGGCGGGAUAUGACCUCUUCGCGACUCCGCAGCUGAAUACUUUGUAUGCCCACAUCAGACAAAGCUAUGAUCGGCCGCCUGAUGAUGUUAUGCUGGACGUAUUGGUGGGGACGUAUGGUUACGCCGGUCUUUCGAAGAUUGUCAUACUUGGACAGCAAAGGAUGGAUCUUUUCGAAAAACUUCCUAUGAAGUUGGAGAACAAAAUGAUGAAUCAGUGGGUGGGAGACAAGAAAUCGUCCAACGAAGUUUUCAAGAUGCUGGAACUGAAUAAAGGACUGGAUAACCUUCUGACUAACCCAAACUUGAAGAUGUGGGAGAGCUUCAGAGCCAAGAUUAGCUCGCAAAAUCCUGAAAAGGUACCUCCGAUGAUAAGCACUGUCCUGAAAUUCUACACAGUGAAAGACUUGUCUGCGAUGCUCGAGAAAGCGAUAAACGUGCCUGCAACGGAAAAAAUUGCGGCGAAAUGGCAGCAAGAGCUAACUGCUAAGAUCAAGAGGUAACAAAUGAGAUCAAGCGAAAGAGUGCAGAACAGUAUUUCAAUAUCUUUUAUUUACAAAAAGAAGAUGGUUGCGGC